AUGGCCCAGAAUCCUCAGAAGUCUCUGAACAACCAGGCCAUUCCCAGCCAACCUUCGCCAUAUUCUCCGGAAUUCGACGAGGCGGUUGUGCAGUGUCGGAGGGCGGCAAAGGACUCUAUCCAGCAACUGCAGGCCAAGGCUGCCAAGGCGGAUCGCAGUGAUAUGCCCACCGAGGAGGAGGUUGAAUGGGCGAACAAGCUAGUUGCUGAGAGAAAGCAAAUGGGCAUGGAUACGUAG